UCGGUUGAAGGACCCAGAUAUAUUUGCAUGCACACUGGACGCAGACAUUACGGUAAUCCGGCGAGGUUGGUGAGCAGCACGGCGUUGUUGCGUCUCGCAGCCGCAAGGCCACCGCAGGGCGAUGUUCUCAUCCGACGGCCCCAUCUUCUAAGCGCACGUCCAGCCGUCAUCUUUUUUUGCCUUCUUUGCCGUCUUUUCCGACGACGAUGCCACGUCACGCGAUGAUGGUGCCAGACAGAUGCUGCCGUGCUCGGCCAUAGAUUCAUCUCCAACCCGCUCCUCCUCGACAAAAAAAACAAAAACAAACAACAAACCCCGCGUCCGUCUUUUCGUUGUCGUUUCCCGCGUACGAUGCUCCCUGCCAGCGCCGCAUCCAUGCUCCCGUCCGCAGAAGCCGCCAAACUGUACCAGACCAAUUACGUCCGAAACUCCCGCGUCAUCGGACUCCUGUGGGCCAUCUUCACCAUCCUGUUCGGCAUCGUUAACGUCACCAUCUUCUCGCAGCCCUACUGGAUCGGCGACGGCAUGGACACUCCGCAGGCGGGCUACUUCGGCCUCUUCCACUACUGCGUCGGGGACGGCGUCUCCAGGGAGCUGGCGUGCCAGGGCAGCUUCACCGAGUUCGCCGCCAUCCCCUCCAGAGCCUUCAAGGCAGCCUCCUUCUUCAUCGGCAUGUCCAUGAUGCUGGUGGUCUCCUGCAUCGGCUGCUUCUCGCUCUUCUUCCUCCUCAGCACCUCCACCGUCUACAAGAUAUGCGGCUGGAUGCAGGCUGCGGCAGGCGUGUGUCUGGUCCUGGGAUGCAUGAUCUACCCCGACGGCUGGGACAGCGAUGAGGUGCGGCGGAUGUGCGGCGAGCAGACGGACAAAUACAGCCUGGGCGCCUGCUCCAUGCGCUGGGCCUACAUAUUGGCUAUCAUGGGCAUCCUGGACGCUCUCAUCCUCUCCUUCCUGGCCUUUGUCCUGGGGAAUCGACAGGACGGCCUCAUGACGGAAGAGCUGCUGGCAGAGAGCAAGGAGGGAGGCAAUGCUUGAAAACAUUUAGGCUCCCGUGCUCUCCUUGUACAAUGUUCCCGCAAAGAACCAUCCCUUCAACAUCAGGUCACAGGAGGAGAAGAAAGGACAAACCCAACCAGCCUGACCAAAAAAAAAAGAAGAAGAAGAAACCCUCAGUAAUUGUCAUCUCGUUUGCUUGCAGCCCCUUACGUCAUCUCCAGGCUUCUUCUCCAGCACUUAGACAUGUAAUGCACAUAGUGUGUCUAACGCCCUUUUGCUUAGAUAGACCAUGGCGGGGGCGCAGACUGUUAUCCUCAUGAAGAGUGUGGCUAGCACCAGCUGCAUUAUGAGCACACUCCCACUACGAUACAACCCACACAUUUAUGUACUAUACUCUAUUCAACUUCGCCUAGGUCAACUCCGCCUGUGUCACAAUGUAUCCGCAGAAGCUGAGAAUCGAUGUACAGUAAAUAUGUUGUGUUCAUAAUUAUGUAAGGCUCGACAACGACACGGAAACAUCUUAUUUUUAUUUUUUUUUUAGGUUCAUUGGUACGUCCCUUUUCUGUUCACAUGUCAAAUAUGUAGAUUGAAGUGUGUAAAAUAUAUACUGUAUGACGAGGCUUCUAGGACUUUUAGGUCAGGGGUCCCCAGACUACGGCCCGCGGGAAAUCCUAAGUUAAAAAAAAUACAAAUAAAAAAUAUAUAUAUUUUUUUAAUUAUUAUUAUUUUAAAUCUGUCCUUUCUAAUCAAUUUUCGACCGCUAGUUACUCUCUAGCCGCUACGGAUACGGCCCGCCAGCAUCUAAAAUCCGGAUAUAUAUAUAUAUA